AUGACACCUAAUAAUGACUUUUUUAAAAUAUAUAGAAAUUCAUAUUUAAAAUCUUUAAUUCAUAAAGAACUAAGGAUUUAUAAUAUAGUGAAUCAAUACACUAAAAAAUAUGAAAAUGGAUUUAAUAAUAUAACAUUGGAGUCGUUUAAAUUCAAACAAUAUAUAGUGACAAUGCAUUAUAAAAGAGUAUCGAGAAUCAAUUGUCCAAUAUUUUGGGAUAGUAUAACAGGUGAUCAAUUAAUAGAGUCAAUGUCAAAUUUUAAUAAUAAAAAGAAUAUUAUUAAUAAUCAUUUUAAUUAUGAUCUAUUCGAUAAUCAAGAUAACAGCGAAGAUUACCAAGUAUAUGAAGAGCCAAAUUUAAACGAUUCAUCUUUAGUAAUUUGUGAAGAACCUAUCAAAAGAAAUUUAAUUCCAAAUAGUGUUCAGUAUUUAAUAAUUCAUUUAAACCAGGAUAUAAACGAAACUCAGGUUAUACCAAGUUCAGUAACAGAUCUUCGAUUCGGUAAUUAUUUUGAUUCAAAUAUAGUCGAAAUACCAAAUAAUGUCAAGAAGUUAACUUUUGGGUGCUAUUACCAACACUAUUUAACCAGUGGUAUGCUACCGGAAUCUAUAAAAGAGUUAUACCUUCCUCUAAUCACUAGAAAAUUACAACCAAAUGUAUUUCCUCAUGGCCUAGAGUCUUUAGAGUUUGCAUAUAGUUACAAGAAUCAGGUUCCAAGUGAAGAGGAAAAACAAAUUUUACCAAAAACUUUAAAAAACUUAACAAUAUAUAAUCAUGAUGCCCAUAUCACAGAAUAUUUAAUACCCAAAUCAGUUCAAAUAUUCAAAUAUUAUCAAUCAAAUCCCUCUUAUACAAUUUCACCCAGUUUUUUUCCAAACUCUGUUAAAGUUUUAUAUAUAGAUCAACCAUUUUAUAACUUUAUUCCUCCAUCGGUUGAAACUUUGGGUAUAAUGUUUAAAGAAGAAAGUAUAGAUAGGUUUUUAAAAUUUCUAAACAAUUCAAAUAAUAUUAAAAAUUUAAUAUUUUGUAAAUCAUCCAUAGAAAUAUUUGAACAAUAUCAUAAUAAUAAAAUUAAAUUCCCAAAUAAUAUAAUAGAUGUAAAAUUUAAAUAA